AUGGGAAGCACAUGGGCCGCUGGCGGUGCGAUGAGGAGGGACUCCUGUAGGGGCUCAUCCCGGUGGCUGGUAGUGGUGGCUCGUGGUGGUUGUGAUUGGGGGGAUGCGAACGGGGCGAGGGAGUUGGGAAAAGAUGAGCGGGGGGAGGGGGGGCUGGCUCUAGUGGUGACGGUGGCAACAGCAGUGGAAAAAAAUUGUGUGGAGGUGAUGAAAGGAGAAGUGAAUGGAAGAGAGGAAGAGUGGAUUUGGGAAAGAUCUAGGCCAGAGGAGAAGAGGAGGUUAAUGGCAGGGGUGACAGGGUCUGCCAAAGGAGAAGAGAAAAGGGUAUUUUGCUGCCACGGGUCUGCAAAGUUUAGGGUAGCUCUCUAA